GCUCGCCCGCGUCAGUGUCAAUCUCUGUUUUCGCUACAGCGGCCGUCAUCGGCGUACGCGUCGCAGGUCACCGAAAAAAAAAAGUUUAGCUUCCUUGCGAGUAAACCACAAUUUUUUCGCGUUUAUCGGGUCGCGGUUCUCCGGUGAGCAUUGUAUGUGCUGAAAAAAGUGAUACCCUCUGGGAGGCAAGCAUUGGCCGGUCGGCACCCGGAGCAAUGGAUGUGACGGAGUGCUGUAGGCUAUGCCUGAAGGAUGCCUCCAGCGCUGAGGCGGCCCGAAUCGAUCUGCACCAGGAUCAGACCGUGGCGGACAUGGUCCAGGAGGUGUACGAUAUCUACAUAAAGGAUUCCCACCGGGGUUCCAGCUACAUUUGCGUGCCGUGCUACCGGAAUGUAGCCAAAGUUAAGACCCAUCUCGACCGGCAUAAAACAACACGGACAUUGGCGGCGAUGAAUCAAUCCAUUAUGGAAGCGCAGGAUGAUGCCUUCAUGGAGGAAUCCGAUGACGAGGACUUCUUCACUAGUUCCAAGCUUGGCUAUCGCCGGCCAACCUCUUCCCCAGUGGACGUGCUACUCAGCCUGAAAGACUGCAUGCAAAGUAAACGUUUCCGUGAAGCGUUGACCGAACGUUGUGAGCUGGGUCACCUUUUGGUGUCUGGACCGAUCUACCAGAGGGCUACCGGCAGCUUCCUGGACACGUGGCAUCCCACUCAGCUGUACUGCCACAAAUGUCGCAGUAAAUUUGAUUCAAAAUCGUCGCUCGAAGAGCACACCAUCUCAUGUAAGUUUAAGUGCAUUUUCUGCUCUCGAAGCUAUACGCAUGAGGAAUCAUUAAAUUUACAUUCGUGUCCUAGAAGAGAUAAGCAUAAAAAAGCAAAGAAACGUAAAGCAAAACAGCAUCGUUUGAAUAACGCUACUAAAAUAAGCAAAACUACGACACCGUCUCCUACGGAGAAGUCGCAACCGACUAUCGUAGCCGAUUCUGUAGUGCAGCAGAAGGAACAACCGACGACUGUAGUUCCGAUUCCACAGUUAUUGCCUGCGCCGGUGGCAGCUCCGCGCAUUGAAGGAGAAGCGAACCUGGAUGCCGAAUUGACGAAUCUACUGGAAAGAUGGUACGGCCAAGGGGAGGACAUAGAAGAACUGAGCCAUCUUAGCGUUGGAGCCAUUGACGCUCCGCUGGAUAACGGCGUUUUCACUAAUUCUGACCUGUAUAGUCGCAUUAUAGAUUCCAGCUAUCAGGCAUCUACAGCUGCUCCAAAACCAGCUAUUUCAGUUCGACCCAUGAGCCAACUGAUUGAAACUCCCGUAGAACAGAGUCUGCCAUCCUCUGUACCAGCCUUGGUUCCCCUGUCUGAUACGAAUGUCCCUAUGGAUGUGAUUGAAAUCGAUGAUGACGACGAUGUACACACCACACUUCCGGUGGUUCCUUCGGCUAGUGCUUCUACGGCUGGUAAACCGGAGCAGACUCUGAGUGAAAAAGAUAUCCUGAACAUCGUCAAGCACUUCCGGGGCAUCGAUGAAAAUGAGUCAUACCUUGUGAAGGCUAAGAUCAACGGAGCGCAAAAACUUAUUUGCAUCAGUAAGAGGAAAAACGAAAGCGGUGUGCAAACCUCAGUUGCAGCUCCCGUGAGCCAAAAUAGUAAUUCAGCGCUCCAAGCGGGCAGUAGAAAUCCUCCACAGAAACAAAUUGUGAUAGCACCUUCAGUUAAACAAUCAUCCGUACAGAAUGCCAACACUAUUAUACCUUCGACUGCCGUAAAACCUCCUUUAGCGAUCAAAAGUGUAGCCUCCAUCAAUGGGGCUCCAACUGCAUCUACAGGUCCGCAGCUGAAAAUUUCCCACGUACAGUCCUUAGUUUCGGACCCGAGUACAUCACAGCAACCGGCACCUAGACUCUUGAAUGGAAUGCCGCAGCAAACCACUACGGUUGCAUUGAAACCCAACUUGGCAGUUCGGAAGGCGCCGGCUGCCAGCUUCACCGUUAGAACUGCUCAACCGAAACCUAGCGCGGCCAAUAAGCCGGCCCCGCAGAGGAUCAUUGUUGGCAGCAACUCGUUGAAGUUCGUGAGCAACAGCGGAGGUGCGCCUAAUCGUUUCGUUCCAAUCGCUCCUAAGCCUGAUGCCGGUCCAAGCCCACCGCGAGCCGUAUUUGUACAGAGAAAGCAGGUGCAAACCAUCAUCCAAUCGUCGACGUCGACGGUAACGCGGACUAACAUUGGAGGGAACGUUGAAUCCACAACGACUAGCAGCAGCAGCAGCACAACUACCGAUUUUAACAAUUCGUUGCUGAAAACGCAACUACUCCAGCAACCGGCGAAAGUCUAUCCGGGCGGCAGUGGAACCGCCCCGAAUGGGAAUCGGAAUAUCGCCUCUAAAUCGACUACUCUAGGUGGAGCGUUGGCUAGCCUUGCUGGCUCGAAUAGGCAGUUUAAAUUGAACAAUACGACCAUCAAACGGAUGAAUUAAUCUCACGUGAGCCGAGAAACUAGCAGAACAAGUGUCACAGGUAUUGUAGAGAUAACGGAACAUUCUUCUGUUCAUAAAUCAUUGAACACGUAUCUUGUAGAAUUGCAGACGAUUUGCCUUAAUUGCUUUGCUUGGCAAAGGGAAGUAUUUGGGGCCGUUUUGGUCUGGUCGGGUUUCUUUGAAUCGAAUUCUUCGGGUAAUGUUCUGCAAUUCUACAAUCCAUUUACAAACAAAUUAAGGCAAAGUAAUAUAGCUCUAAAAUACGAUAAGUGUAACGUUUA